AUGACACCCGAUAGCACGCAAGGGUUGGAAAAACCCCAUCAGCCUCUCAGAGUCAAGGAGAGGCUCAUCUCGUUACUCAGCGAGUUCGUCGAUGUGAUUAUUUCCCACAGAGACGUUGAUCUUGGUCGUGCACCAGAGUUCCACACAAUCAUUCAGCAGCUGUGCGAAAAAGCCCCGAAAGUAGCGCAGGCCAUUGCUGGAACAAUCGAAGAGGGAAUUGCCAAUUCCCGCGGGCACAAGCGCAAGCUAGCUGAAAAGCCUUCAUAUCGCCCAGCAAAGUUAAGGAGACAAGGGGCCGCCCUCUCAGCCGGAAUAUCCGAGAAUAAACCGGAAUCCAGCAAAAACCUCGGAGCCUCUACCAAACCACGCAACAAAGCCCUAUCGAAGCCUUCACCGUUGUUCAAUGAUCAUUCGUCUCAGGGCGGCGGCCAUAGUGAAGGGGAGAAAAAUACCUUACCUGGAGAAACCCUGGCCGCUAUAGCAAGCAAAGCCCUUGCCACAAGUUCCAAAGAAAAGAGCGUCACUUUAGCCUCAAAGCAGCCCAAGGAGCCAUUGCUCCACACCUCACCGGAGUUAGUACCGCACAAAGAACCCAGAUGUUCCAAAACAACCCCCAUUACUCCCACAAAACAAACCGACCGCCGUUUGCCUUCGCCUCAGACAGAGGAAAUACAUAGAAACUCAAUUCCAACAUCACUCGAAAGUAUCGCUUCAACUGGCCAACCCACACCGACUAGAGUGUUCCGCGAAUCACGCUCUAUUAUGCACUUGGUUGUCAAAGCUACCGAUACUAUCUGCAACCUUAGCAAAUACAAGGAUGGUGUUCCCUCGGAUCUACAUAUCCGAGUCCUUCAAUCGCUUCAACAAGUUCAACCUGAAGCGAGCGCAGAAUCUACCAACCAGAACUAUUGGUCGGAUGGGUCGAUGAGCUUGGGAGUGGUACAAUACUCAGUUGGAGCUUGCGAAGAAAACACUCAGAACUAA